AGGGACUGGAAGCAGAUUAUGUGCACAGGUGUUGUUCCACAGACUGCCAGACACUAUGUGGGCCAGUUAGAUGGAGGGAUAGUUACAGAACAACCCGGCCGGAUGGUGGUUACAUCGCUCUUAACUCAACAGGAAUACUAAGCAAGGACCCGCCGGUGCUGUCAAGAUUAUGAGUGGGGUGGUUUGCACAAAGUCUCAGGAGGAAUACGAGGACGACUUUGAGAAGGAUCUGGACUGGCUGAUCAGCGAGGAAUCCCGGAGUGAGGGCCAGGGUCCUGACUUUAAAGACAUAGAAGCAGAAAUUGACAAAGAACUGGAGGAGGAUGAGAAACAGAAAGAAAGAAAAGAAAGCCGAGAAGCCUUAGAGGAGAAGAGAGGCAAAAAAUCAGAGGAGUUGAAAGAAGAGGAUGAGAGGUGGCCCUCUCCUAUGGAGCCAUUAGAGUAUGAUUCAGACAGAGAUAGCCCAAACAAGUCCUCAACCAUAGUCCCACCUCCUCCAGAGAUGGAGGAACAGACUGAAGAGGAGAAGAAGUACAUCCUGGAGAAGAUCCAGCAGGCUAAUCGAGAGCUGCAGGACCAGGAGGCUCCGAGUAUGACAAGGCGCAGGCGACUGCAUUUUAAAGAGACGCUGGUGGACCUGGUGGUGUCUCCACAGCAGUUUGAGAUAGAAAACACUGGGGUUACAGAAGGGGAGCCAUGCACCAAGGAUUCAGAGGUAGAGAUCGAAGUGUCAGGGAAGCUUUCUGAGCUUAAACUUUCCCCUCGACAGGAGAGAGAAUCUAGCAGAGCUGCGGAGAGUAGUGAGGGAGGGUUAAAGGAAGGAAGAGUCCUUGUUGAAAAGGAUGGUAAGUUUGACCUAGUCAGCCUGAAAGAGGUGGAGAGUCUAGGAUUGCUUCCUCCUAUAGCAAACAACAACAACAGUGACUUCUCCUUCUCACGUCACACGGAGCAGACUGUGGGCUCCAGUAAGAGCUCCAGGUCCUCUGUCUCUCCUCGCGCCGUCUCUCACCCUUUCCAUCAAGGCAUAAAUUACCUCCCCGCACCCCGACCUCCAGCCCAGCCCAGGAGCAGGCCCAGCUCAGCCAGCCACAGCCAGAGAGGCACCCAGAGAAGAAACAGCAAGCGGCGGGUGCAGUCGGCCACCGGGACACCCUGCCAGGCCACCUACAGCCUCUCACCGCAGCAGAAAGAGCUGCUGCAGAGGAUCCAGGAGAGGAAGGACAGGCUGGCCAGAGAGGAAGAGCAGAGGAAACAGGAGGAAGAGGAGCUGAAGAAGCAGGAGAACGAGUUGGCAUUUAAGGCCUGGCUGAUGAAGAAGAGAGAGCAGUUUCAGGAGGAGAAGAGGAUCCACAGAGCCCAGGAGAUGGAGAGGAACAGUGCUAAGAUGUAUGUCUGGCAGCAAGAGUCCAGCGACCCAGAGGAAACAUUCAAGCGGUGGCUUCAGAGGAAGCAAGAGCAGCAGCAAAGAGAGAGACAUCUGCUGGAGCUGAAGAGGCUGGAGGAGGACAGUGGUUACCUUCUGCGCAGCCGAGAGGAAUGUGAACGUGCCUUCAAACUGUGGCUGAAGCGUAAACGGGCGGAGAAGCGAGCGGAGCAGCAGGCGGCUAGAGAGCGAUCCCGCAGGUUGGUGCUGGAAGAGCGACGCGCACGACGCAUGAGGGACCUGCUCUGCACGGUCAAUGAAACAAAGCCAUUCAGAUUCACUGAACAGCUGGACCACCGCUUCUGAACCAAACGGCACCUGAAUUAAAACAAACACCACCUCAAACUCCGGACUGAGCAACACUACAGUAAACCAUGUAUUGUCCAGUUGUUGCAAGGAUCUUGUUUUAUCUAUUUAUACUUCUUGGUUGUGUUAAAGCACAUUCUGAGAAGAAACAGUUUACCGACGUGACCUCCUCUUAGUGUGAUAACAUUUAAAGACUGAAUGAUUUUAUACUGUAUUUACCUUGUGUUGUGGCUGAUGCACUUUACUUUUACAUAGACAUACAAAGAUACCUUUGAGUUUACAACCGGUGACUUUAACAGAGACAACUGUAAAGGAAUUAAAUAUAUAUCUAUAAAAGGGAAAUAUGCCUGGUAGUUUGAGAGACAGAUACACAAAU